UAUGGUUUUCUCUCAUAAUGAUUUGCUUAUUUAUAAUAUUCUUUUGGAUAAAUCAAAUAACAAAAUUCAUUUUAUUGAUUACGAAUAUGCAGGUCCAAACCCCCAAUUAUUUGAUAUAGCCAAUCAUUUAUGUGAAUAUGCAGGUGUUGAUGAAAUACCAAAUUAUGAAAUUAACGGCCCUACAAAUGUAGAACGAGAAUAUUUCCUUAAAUGUUAUUUUCUUAAUUUUAUUGGAAAAUCUUUGGAUGAAUUUGAAUUAAAAAAUCUUGUCAAACAAUUAUUAAUCUUUGAAAGUGCCGCACAUUUUUUCUGGACACUUUGGGCUAUUCAUCAAUCAAAUCUUUCAAAAAUUCAAUUUAAUUAUAUGCAAUAUGCAAUUAGUCGACAUAAACAAUUUAUUUUACUUUUUAAUAAAUUUGUGGAGGAAAUUAAAAAAGAAUAAC